AAAAAAAAAUAUCAAAAACUGAAGGCGGAGAUUUUCAUGUUUUCACACCAUCGCAUGAGACAUAUUGGUAAUCUCAGAUCCUCGAUUCAAUUUCUCGCAACUUCUCCGAUACCGAUUACUCUUCCUCCGCCGUUGCCUCAGGCGACGAAUUUGGUCUCCGAUUCAGUCUUUGAUCUUCUUCUCUACAGGCGUAAGCUAAGCUUUGUUCAUGGAUCUGUCACACCAGCGUGUUGAGCAGUCUCAGGUAACUCUGUCUCAUGACGAUAUCGAUGAUGAUCAUAACGAAAGUACGGAAUCUCGGGGUGUUAUAGAGGGAAAUUGCGACGUCGUUAUGGAAUUAGGGUUGGAAUCCGGAAGCGGUUUUGCUGAGAAUAUAGGUCAUGAUAGUGAUAUUGAUGUUGACAACCUUGAUGAAUUUGAUGAACCUGAUGACGACGCUUUCUUUGUGGAGAGGAGGGAUUCUGGGCCUGAGUUUCGCGAUUUCACAUCGGCGGGGAGUGAUAUCAGGUCAAUCACAGUCGAAUCAGGUUCUGAUGAUGAUGAUAAUGAUUAUGGCCCAGAGAUUGAGAGGGAGAUAUGGGGGAUUGAUUUGAAUGAAGAAGAUGAAUAUGAUGAAGAAGAUGAUGUUAGUGUGACUAUCCCUCUUUGUUGGGAUUCACUCCAGUUAGAAGAUCGUGGAGUUACUGCUGAGGAAUUCGAUUGGGAACAAGUCGAUGGUGGUGAUGAUAGGGAGAUACUAACCGGUUUUGCAGAAGCUGAUAUCGAUGAUAGUAACUCGGUUUCGAUCUCCAUCUCACCGAUGAUCUCUUUAGAAGAUUUAGCUACAGGGGAAAGAACAGAAGGCUCGGGAAAUCUCGGGUGGGAAGUUUUGCUGAACUCUCAUACUCUAGAGAUCAACUUUGAUGUAGAAAACAGAGAGCUUUAUAUCGUUGGUGAUCAUGAAGAUUACAUUCAUACAACCGAGUAUGAAACGUUGUUUGAACAGUUUGCUGAAGCUGGUAUCACCGAUCUCCGUUUACCUCCAACUUCCAAAUCUUUCAUCAAGGAUCUUCCCAUUGUUGAGCUCGAUGUUGAGAACGAUGAAGGUGCGGUUUGUGCGGUUUGCAAAGAUGAGAUGAGUGUCGGGAGCAAAGCCGUUCGAUUGCCUUGUAAUCAUAAGUACCAUAGCGAAUGCAUUGUACCGUGGCUGAGAACGAGGAACACGUGUCCUGUUUGUCGUUAUGAGUUGCCUACAGAUGAUGCAGAGUAUGAGCAAAGGAAGAGCCAGAGAACAACAAGUAGUCAUGACAUAUGGUAAAUGGUAAAACAUCCUCUAUAUAGAUAUAUGAUUUUGUCUUUUGAAUAUUGAAGAAUGUGUAUAUUCUAUCUUUGGAUUGAGUCAAGCUUUUUCUUAGUUUUGUAUUUUAUCUUGUAUUUCGCCUUCACUGUGUGAGCCAUGUGAUGGUCCAGGCUUUAGAAGGCUAGCUUUACAUAGAGGAGCAUAUGUGUAUGUAUAUUUUUGUUUGCUUUAUCUCAUUUUUUUUAAAAAGCUUGGAGAAGGUUUAUUGUA